AUGCAUUUCAAAUCGGUGCGCGCAAUCCCAAAUGCAUUUCAAAUCGCUCCGCCAAUUUCAAAUCGGGGGCCCGAUCCCGGGAUCAUCCCGGGAUCGUCCCAUUUCAGGGGGGGGGGUUUUCGCUAUGGUGCCCAAGCCAAGGAUUCGAAUCGACCCAUCACCCCGCCCGUCUCCGCGGAGUUGCAAUCCGAUCUCUCAUUCGACCCGUUGACGCCUGUGACUCGCAUCUUCUCAUCCCCUCCUGCGUCGACGGAUUGGACUCCUACUACGAUCUCGCCGCUUUCUGGUUCGUGCCACCCAUCGAAACCGAUCACCAUCGUUGAAGAUCGCGAGUUCGUGAUCAAGGCCAGCUUGUGGAACGCGCACUGGUCUAUGAUGGUGCGUCACGCGUUUUGCCCUGCUGCCCCGUCCUAGCCCAUGUAGCCCAGCUCACCGAAAGGAUCAUUGAUUUCAUGCUCUUGCGCAGUCGUACACGGGCACGAGCCGCGUGGAUCUGGUCGAGAUCGGCUUUGAUAUCGUCUCUUCGGUUCCUUCGGACUCGCCCCUUCCGCCCCUUCUGUCGUCGAAAUCUUCCCCAGCGAGCGAUUUUAUCAGGGGCCCCCGACUGCCCUCUCCUCGAAGUAGGUACUAG